CGACAAGAAGUAACAUACCCGCCGAAGCCAAAACAUUACGGUAUACCCUACAAUCCGAAUCCAAGYACAUUUGUUAUUUACAWCGACAUCCAGAACCCAUGCCAUCUUCGUGGCCACAACCAGCUGUUCUCGAAAACCUCUUGCAGCCGCCUUCCAAGGCAGCUGCUGCCGAGGGGGAAUCCGGGGYAAAGCAAAACGGCAGCAAAUCAAGCACAUCCACCRACGAUGCUCCCGUGUACGACCACCGCGUUCUGGCAUUGUACAAGUUCGUAUCSCCUAGAAUGCCGAAGGAAUCACUCCCCGCCCUGAAAACCGAACUCGAUGCCCUCUGCCGCAAGCACUCGGCACGGGGAACCUUACUGAUUGCAGAAGAAGGCAUCAACGGAACWAUUUGCUAUCCGUUCCGAGAACAAACGACGGACGAGRGAGYCCGAGACGACGGCGACGAUGGCGAUGAGCUCUUGUCCUUGCUCCAGGAAAAGUUCGGUGGCACUCUGAGAAUACGCAGGUCGGUAGCCGAUCGACCGGUAUUUGCCCGCCUAAAAAUCAAAAUCAAGACCGAGAUAGUAACGAUGCACUGGCAGGGCGACAAACCGCAAUGCGGAAACAGCGACAGUGAUGCUCGGGAUUCGACUACCGCAUCCUGCCUUGGAAACGAUGAUGCCAACGACGGCGGCAACGGCGCGAACGCGAACACUGCUUGUUCGAUGCCCUCAACGUCGUCGUGUGCUCCCUGUCGACCCACCGAACGGGUCGGGGAGUACGUUAGACCCCGCGACUGGAACAAGCUGCUGCUCGACCCGGAGACGCUGGUGAUCGACACGCGAAACACAUACGAAAUCGAUGUUGGUACCUUUCGAAACGCUGUCAAUCCACACACGCAGUCCUUUGUCGAAUUUCCCGAUUGGAUGAAGCGAAACAUCGCCACCRCCGAUGAAACGACCAGCAAGAAGCGCGCAUUAGAGAAACCGAAGAAGAUUGCCAUGUUUUGUGAGUGACUCGAACUAACCGGGUUUGGUGGCAUUUUUUGGAACCAACAUUUGCCUGCUUGUUUUGGGCACGAGACGAUGAGGAUCCACAGUGUUUCGUUUUGUUUUCUUUCGAAGGUAUCUAACUCCCUGGUUUUUGAACGUACCUCUUCGUGUCCUUGCGCUUUGGUACAGGCACCGGGGGGAUCCGGUGCGAAAAGGCAACAAACGCCGCAAUGCAGCUCGUCCCGAACGACGUCCCCGUGUACCACCUGSAGGGCGGCAUCCUCGCGUACCUCGACGACGUUCCCGAGGCAGAGAGCCUCUUCGACGGCGACUGCUACGUCUUUGACCAGCGGGUGGCGGUGACCUACCGGAACCGACCGAGCACCACUUUUCGGCAGAAAUGCCACGCCUGCCGGCACCCGCUGUCGAACGWGGACCUGGAGCGRGAGGACUACACCCACGGGGUCUCUUGUAGGUACUGCGUGGGCAAGCUCACGGAAAAGCAGGAGGAGCGCUUCAAGCAGCGGCAGCGRCAGAUGGAGCUGGCCCUCGAGGCGGGGCGAAAGCACAUCCACGACCCAAAAGAAGAGAGACAACAAGAACCGCCAUCGACGAAGAGGAAGAAACCGUGCCUACGAUAGCAUUGCAUCCAGGAUGGGACAGACAAGCAAAGCUUCGAGAUGAAUUGCGUAUCCAUCCGUAGCCUCUACGAACAAAUCGUGGCAUUUAUCUUAGUGCGUGUAUUCGUGGAGAUUUGGUGUGGAUCCGGUUGCUGACCCACCAAACAAAAUGGAACGAAAACUUCAGUGAGUGAAUUUUCUCCCCCAACGGAUAUUGUCCGACACUUCAUUGAUUAUUUAUAUCCGUAGCAACUAAAGUUAAAACACUAUA